AUGCAGGAGAACGAGUUUUUAAGGGAAUUUGUGAAGCGGUUUGGUCAGGUCGUGAUACAAGUAGAGGCUUACAGCAUGGAUGCUGUCCUGCAGAUCUUCAAGCGAAGCAUCUGUCCAGGCACCCCAUUCUUCGAAUCACUGGCUAAGAAGCCUCCUACGACGAUGGACGACUUGUUCCGGCAUGCAAGCAAAUACUCAAUGCUCGAAGAUGAUGCGCGAGCAGCCACCCAACAAAUCUUGGUUGCCAGACAGGCAUCCAGAAGUGGUGUAGAAAGAAGUGCCAAACUUUCGGACCGGCCAAGGCCGUCCGGUCGAAGGCAGAAAGAACAAAGCUGCCCGGAACUGCCGCCCCUCACACCCCUUUCCAUAUCCUAUGAGAAUCUUCUCCCUAUGAUCCAAGACAUGUCUGACUUCAGGUGGCCCGGACCCCUCAGAACAGACCCAUCCAAAAGGGAUCAUAGUAAAAAAUGUGCCUACCAUAAGGAGCAUGGUCACACAACGGAGACGUGCAGGAGCCUCCAUUAUUUGGUUGAAAAGCUGAUAAGGGCGGGACAUUUGAAGCAAUACCUCCACUCAGAUGCCAGAGGUAGAGACGCUUCCCGAAAUCACAACUCUGGAACCCCUAGGGUUCCAACCGCCCUAAAAGCCAUUAUAAACUAUAUCAAUGGAGGCCCAUUGGAUGAGGAAUAUGACUCAAAACGGAAGAGACAGAGGCUGUUGAGGGCAGCAUCGGUGUGUGAGCGCGUAAACUCCAUAGGACCUGGGAUAAUUGGGGAGGGCCCUCACCCCAUAAAUGGGACAAUCAUUUUCCCACCAGUAGACCCCACACGGAUAUUGCAGCCGCACCGCGACGCCCUUAUCCUAUCCCUGGAGAUGGGAGACUUCGAUGUGAGACGCAUCCUGAUUGACCCAGGUAGCUCGACCGAUCUUGUACAAGCAUCGGUAAUUAGCCACAUGGGACACAAUUUAAUAGGUCUCGAAAACCCUGGGCGAAUUUUGUUUGGAUUCAACGGAGCGACAACUACUUUCUUGGGAGAUAUUGUACUGCCAGUCCAAGCUGGCCCAAUCACUCUCAAUGUACAAUUUUCGGUGGUACAAGAUUUAUCACCCUUCAAUGUCAUCUUGGGGCGCCCAUGGCUGCACUACAUGAAAGCCAUCCCCUCUACGUAUCAUCAAAUGGUAAGCUUUCUUACCGAGGAUGGGCAAAUCGACCUAUAUGGCAGCCAGUUAGCCGCUCGCCAAUGCUACCAGAUAGCACGAGAAGCAAGGAUCAGUCAGGAGGAUAAACCCCUUCCUGAGUCCACCAAUGCACUUGAUUAA